UGUUCUCUCUAUUGUUUCCAAGUUUUUGAUCACUUUGCCUCUGUAGGAGACAUGGAGCGUUCCUCCUCUCUAAACUCUAGCUAUUCGCACUGGACAACAAGGCUAAGUAAUCCAGGAUACAUGGGGCGUUCCUCCUCUCUAAACUCCACCUAUUCACACCAGACAACAAGGCUAAGUAAUUCAGGAUACACGGGGUGUUCCUCCUCUCAAAACUCCAGCUCUUCGCACCGGACAACAAGGCUAAGUAAUUCAGAAUACACGGGGCGUUCCUCCUCUCUAAACUCCGGCUCUCUGUACUGGACAACAAGGCUAAGUAAUUCAGAAUACAUGGGGCGUUCCUCCACUCUAAACUCCACCUCUUCGCACCGGACAACAAGGCUAAGUAUUCCAGGAGACAUGGAGAGUUCCUCACAACAGCAAGGCUAAGUAAUUCAGGAUUGACUUAUGUACUUUAUUGUGAUAUUAUAUGGUCGUGAUUUGAUUUGAUAGUACAUGAAAUUAAGGAUUGGACGAUGAAUGUUGUUAUUGUAUUUUUGAGCAUGUUGACAUGUUUGUCAUAAACAUUUGGAUAUGGUUGUAUUGUAGAUAUGAAAUUUGAUGUUGGCAUUUGGAUAUCAUGUAC